CUAAGAAAAAAUAAACCUAAGAUUGGUCUUCGUCAUUAGUUUUCAAACAAGAACAAAAUUUAAAAAAUCGUUUUAUUUAUUACAUCAAUAGGCUACAGCAAAUCUUAUAAGAUAAAAGUUUAAUAAAAUUAGUUGUUACAAAAUUAAAUUUUGUUUUGUAUGGUUAAGUCAAAAGUGCAACUAUGUUGACAUUCAAUAUGGCGGUAUGUCGUCAGUGCUGUGCUGUAUCGUGGUGAGAUUAAUUAAUUUCAUGGAUUUUGUUUGUAUACUUUUUUCAACUAUAGACCCUAAGUAAUUUUGCUGUGAAUAUAAAUAAAUUUAGCAAUCAAAACUGAACGCAACGGCGAAUAACAAAAUUAAAAAUAUAGUUACGGCAAUGUAUAGCAGAACUCCGAUUCAGCAAGCAUUGAAGACAUCUGAGGAUCUAGUGUAGUAUAUUCCCAAGUAGAUUUGUUUGAAUUAAGUGUUCUGGUGCAUAAAUUUGUGAACUUUGUUUUAAUGACUCAGUGUUCUAGUGAACACAAGACUUGAAAAAUGUGAUUUUGAUUGACAAAUUUGUAAGCACUAUUAAAACGUAACACCAUACUAUUUUCUGUGAUAUAUUGGUUCAUAACUGAGAUUUGGAUUUAUAUAUUAUACACAUUCAUAUAUAACUACGAAGAAAUUGCAAGAGAAUGUCAAGCAAUCCUCAGUGGAAAUUGUUCCAGCCGCCAGAUUCACAUGUAGCACCCUUGCAGGAUAUUUUAGAUCUCCAGCAUUCUAACAUGCAAUCCAAACAGGGCUACCGCAACGGUACAUACAGUAGUGAGUAUCCAAGCUCUCCGAGAGAUAAUUUUAACAAUAUGAACAAGUCAAGUGGAGGAAAUAGAUUUUCCUUGGGCAAUUAUAAUUUAGAUGCCUGUCCAAUGGGUGACUCUGUUGGAGUAUACUCAUCUAGCUCCACAAAUAAUCCAACUCAAUAUGACUCUGUAAACCACCCACCUAUUAGAGAGACAGGAAUAAUUGAAAAAUUACUUCAUUCCUAUGGCUUUAUCCAAUGUUGUGAGAGGCAGGCUCGCCUGUUUUUCCACUUUAGCCAGUUCAGUGGCAACAUUGACCAUUUAAAGAUUGGUGAUCCAGUAGAAUUUGAAAUGACAUACGAUCGACGAACUGGUAAACCCAUAGCAUCCACUGUAACAAAGAUUGCUCCAGAAGUAGUGUUGAGUGAAGCUCGUGUGACUGGUAUAGUUACUACAGAAGUGAAGGGUGAGGGCUCGGGGGAUAACACUGGUAGAAUUUCAUAUGAGAACCGUGGUGAAUGUUUUUUCUUGCCAUACACAAAGGAUGAUGUUGAGGGAAAUGUCACUCUGCGUACCGGUGACGCUGUUAGCUUUCAGAUUGCAACUAACCAAAGAGGCACGCUUGGUGCUUGUCAUGUCCGAUUUGAAAAUCCUGUGCACCCUGUCAAGUAUCACGGCGUUGUGUGUUCCAAAAAAGAAAACUUUGGCUUUAUUGAACGCGCUGAUGUCGUCAAAGAAAUAUUUUUCCAUUAUUCAGAAGCAAAAUUGAAAGAGGAAUUAUCGUUGGGUGAUGAUGUGGAAUUUAUAAUUCAGACAAGAAAUGGUAAAGAAGUGGCUUGCAAUAUCACAAAACUUCCCAGUGGCUCAGUUGUGUUUGAAGAUAUAAAUCCGGAAAUAAUGCGUGGGCAAGUUUUGAAGCCUCUGGAGCGUGGCAAUAUGGUGCGUGUACCUCAGAAUGAUCCAUUACCUGGAAGGAUAAAGUAUCGUGCUGCUGAUCAUUCUGAAGUUGAGGUUCCAUUCGGUGAUAAAGAUCAGUGCGGUGAGUUCACUCUGCGUCACGGGGACUGGGUUCAGUUCCAAGUGGCCACGGACAGGCGGGAUCAGUUAAAGCGAGCGACCAACAUUUCGCUAUUGGAUGAGUCUUUCAAUGUAUCUGGCGAAAGACGCGAGCAAGGCAUAGUCUGCUCUCUGCGGGAAGGAUUCGGUUUCAUCCGCUGUGUGGAACGCGACCAGACCAUGUUUUUCCAUUUCGCUGAAGUCCUCCGCCUUGGUCAAGAAUUAAGCGUUGGUGACGAGGUGGAGUUUACCGUGGACCCGGUGACGACGUUCUCGAACAUGAACACGCGUCAGUCGGCGAUACGCAUCAAGCACUUGGCGCCGGGCACGGUGCAGUUCGAGACGCUCGUCGAGAAGGGCGUGCGUGGUGUUGUGACGAAGGAGGCGCAGUCGUACGCGUCAUCAUCCGCGAGCCCCACCAGGAACGGCACCGGGGAAACUGGGAUCAUAACAUGCCAGAUCAACAAUGCCAAGAAGAACAUACCAUUCUCGGCUAAGAAGUGCGAGUCGAAAAUGCUGCCGCGCGUCGGCGACAAAGUUACAUUUGACAUUUAUCAGUCAAAGAGGACCAAAGAUCUGUUGGCCAUGGCCGUGCAAGUGCAGCACAGCCUGACGAACGGCAGCUCGUCGAACGGCAACGCGCGGCCGAUCAUGCAAGGGUUCAUAGCGGCGCUGAAGGACGGCUUCGGAUUUAUAGAGACCUCCGACCAUACUAAGGAAGUUUUCUUCCAUUUUAGCAACCUCGAGCGCAGCCCGGACGGUCUUGAGCUCGGCACCGAGGUGGAGUACUCGCUGGGGCGCGUGAACGGUUCGGGCGGCGGGUGCGCGAGCGCGGAGUUCGUGCGCGUGCUGCCGCGCGGCACCGUCGCGGUGGCCAAGCCGCAGGAACCCACGCUCAACGGCACCGUGACCCGCACUUUACGCGCGCUCAACCCGGACCAGGCGCACUAUUCCGGACUGAUCCAAAUCGAAAAUGGCACCUCGUACGAAUUCGGCAUCAUGGGACUCGCGUGCAAGCGUGAGAUCCUGCAAGUCGGCGACCCGGUGACAUUCCAAGCGGACACGGAGGGGCGCGCCACCAACAUUGUGCCCGUUAGGAAGAAACGGAGGGCCAUCGUUGAUGCUAUUAAAGGUGGUUUCGGCUUCCUGUCGGUGGAGGGCGAGGACAACAGGCGGCUGUUCUUCCACAUGUCGGAGGUGCGCGGCAACCACGCGGACCUGCAGCCCGGCGACUCCGUCGAGUUCGUCAUGCUGACGAACCCGCGCAACGGCAAGUCGUCGGCGUGCAACGUCGUUAAGAUCGGGAGCAAGGGCGCAAUAACAAAAGCGCGGCCGGAGCGGCUGCUCGCGCGGCUGCGCACCAUAUCGCUGGAGGACGCCGCGGCGCCGCGCGUCAUCGUGCUGCGGACGCCGCGCGGGCCCGACGGCACGCGCGGCUUCCGCCCGCGCCGCCCGGUGCACGAACAACUAGCCGAGUGAGAACCACAGCAAGGCCUGAAAAAAUACAGCUAUUAUACUGCUAUGUAUGUAGGUAAAAGGCAUUCUAGAUUCGUUUCAAAUUCAAGUUAUAUGUAAACUCUUGCAACCUUGGCACUCUCCGGGCCCCCCAUAACACUUGGCGUUGUUAACUUUCAUAGUAUUCUGUAAGUUUAUAUAUAGGUAAUGUUCAAUUUUCGGAAAAAUGAAAACAUCAAACCAAUUGUGUAGUCGUAGUGUUGUUCAACACGUGUUUUCAAUUGUAACGUAGUGUUUAUGGGUGUUAGUGAUGUAAUUACAAACAUUAUACGUGCCGGUCGAGUAUGUGUCGGUGCUGGCGAUUAUUAAAUGUAUUUCAGACUUGUCUUCUAAUGAUCAAAGUAAUAUAAUUUAUAUGUGUCGAGAUAAGUAUUGAAAUUUAAGAGAGUGCCAAUCGUUGUACAGUUUAUCACUGUCAUUGUAUUGUAUUAAUGAGAGACUGACUGAUUCUCUUUUCUUUAGCAGCAUUUAGAUUUUUUUUUUUGUUAUAUUUACUAAUUUUAGGAGACUAUUCCGUACACGUAUCACAGUAAAGAACGAACAAUCGAAGCAUCACUGAUCAUAGUAGCUUAGAUAUGAGCGUCGAACAUAUCAAUUGAUUAUCGAAUUAUUAUUUCUUAUAUUCUUGUUUUGUCAUGUGGUUUGUAAAGAGGUUCUUUUUCGCGACGAAACGUUGUUCAAAAUUCCAGAUUUACAUCCGCCCCGCUAAAUAUGCUUGCCAAGUUCAGUGUUAGGUGACACAUAGCAAAUGAAGAUGGUUUUUCUAUUUUUUUUUUUUUUUAUUUACAUCAGAUAAUAAUGUACAAAUUCGAGUGUUACUAUGUUAAGGAUCUCAUUUGGUGUGGCGAUUUGAGCCUGCGUCCGAAUUCUGCAUCAAUAAAAACAACCUAUCAUUCUUCAUAAUAAACUUGUAAAUAUCAUAAUAUUAUAGACACGUAGGUAUACUUGUAAAGUGUAUAAAGUAUUUAUUCCUGUUCCAGACGUUUGCUUUGUUUAUUAACAUUCAUCGUUAUUUGUUUUUGCUAAUAUAUCAUAUCAAUGAAUUAUCGGCUUCCACGAGCGCGUAUAUCGCGGCGAUACGUUAUAUGUGUUGUAUAUCGUUUUAUUUAUAUACUUCAUAAAGCUCGUUUUAAACGUUAAGAUGCGACUGAUCUAGAAUCUAGAUAAAUUAUACGAUUUGUGCUAGAGAUGAAAAUACCGGGUUUUGCACAUAUCUUUUUGGUUAAGUGAUUUGAUUAAUUAAUUAUUUAUUAAGCAUAUAGGUCUAAUUUUUUACAUUUAUUUAUGUAUAAACCUGUCUUCGAAUGAAUUGUACAUUUAAUAUUGCCGUAGGAACCUCGAUUAGGAACGAGCUGAUCGCCGCGAUAAACUUUUCUUGUUGAUGCCUUAGACCCGUUCCGCCCUACCAAAAUUAAUAUAAAAAUAUUGAAUUAUUUGAUGAAGUUUAUUUGUUCAACAAUGCUUUAUGCUCGCUGAAAACAUACCAAGCUGCAUUUAAAUUAAAAACAAUGCAAUGUAAAUGAAAAUACAAAUAAGAGAAGCAAUAAAAUUUCUGUAGUGCGGAAGGGGUCUCAAAAUAAUAUGUUAAUUAAUUAUUCCAUAUUAUCGGCUAAUGUUUUCUUACGUUUGUUAUAAAACUUUUGAUAGAUCUCUUUAUUUGAAAAAAAAAAGCUGUGAUUAAAUUGAAAAUUUCAUGUGCAAUAAUCGAUGGAAUAUUUGUCCUCAGGGCGCACCUAGUCUUAGUGUUAAAGCCUUCAUCUGAUAUGUGUCUCCGAGUACCGAGCGGCGGUUAACUAAAUGUUAUAUUUAGCGAUUUAAACGAUUGGAUUUAAGCAUUUAUAAAUAAUGCUAAUGUACUGGAAUGUACCAAAGACUGAAGAUGUUAUUUAUUGCGACGCCCCGUCGGCGGUAGCGUUAUGUUCACAAGGUAUAUGUCACAUUGCCUCAAACCGCCCUUAUAAUCCGAACACUUCCCCGAAACUUUAUAUAAUUUUACGCUCUUACUAAAAUAUAAUGAAGCUGUAAACAUUAAUAAAAAGAUGGAGUCGCCAAUAAAUUGCAAUAAAAUAUACAUAAUCACUUUCUUCACUUAGUUAUUAAUGUGAUAAAAUCUAUAGAUUUGACUGAAGUGUAUGAAAGCAAUAUAAAAUGUGUUCGCACUCGAUUUAGAAUAUAAAAUCGACGAAUAAGACUCGCACGGUCCCAAUUCCCACAAUAUACUUACUUCCAGUCAAUAAAUUGGGGUAUUUUUAGACAAUAAAACUGUCACUAAUUCAAAUAAUACAAACAAUAAUUAGGCGAGUCAAAAAAAAUCAACAAGUAAUAAUAGCUUGUUUCGUCGGCAUAGAACAACGAAUUUGCAAUAAAGUGAUAGACUUUGUCAGUGAGAAAAUAAAAUGUAAUUGUAAUAACUCCCCUUUUAAUGAUUACUAUAGGAUUGUGCUUUGUAUGUGUUUAAAUUGUGUAAACAUGUAUGCGUUAAGAUUGUUUAAAAUAUACAACACUGUGCCUUGCUUUAAAUUCUAUUUCUGGCAAAUAAUGUUCAACAGUUAGUGAGAGGCUAAUUAACUUGAAUAACACCAAUUUAACCUAAAUAAAAAUUUUAAGACUAAAAUUGAUUGAAAUUGAUUAAUUAAUUAAUUAAAAUGGACUACGUCCAAGCAAUAAUCAAGUGACGGCGACUUGAUAUUCCCAUUCGCGCUUCAAUUUUGGAGAAGCGAAUGUAAUUAAUUCCAAAGAUAUAAAUAGGAAUUUUGAACAAACGUGCGCAAUUCGCAAUGUAAGCUGCAUAUUAUAUCAUUUGCUAUAUAUUCGUUUAUAUCUAUAGGCCUGUAUAACCACUAAUAGUUAUAAUGGAAAUGGAUAAAUAAUAUUCGAUGUUGUAGUGUAUUGAGCCCCGGAUCGAUUCGGGUUUAGGUAUUAUUAUGUACUAGUCUUACAUUAACCACACUUUCAGGCGGAAUUUCAAUGCAGAUGAAGUUGAAUCAUUUGUAUAGAUCUGAUAGUUGCGUCACACCACUAAGGUUGGUCUUGUUUUGCUUGUAUUCUACGUGUAACUUGCUUUGAUAUAUCGAUGGGUCUUCGUGUAUAUCCAUAACUAGCUGUCGGCCUUCCGUAGUGUGACGUGUCUCUUCCGUAAAUUUCGAUAACUGUAAUUGUUGAAAAAUUAAUGUAUUCAAAGUGAAAAUAAUAUUAAGUGCGUUUCCUCAACUCUUGACAAAGUAUGAAUUUGGCGAGCCACUUCUUUACAUAUUAUUACAGUGCCUAAAAGAACCUCUGAAUUAUAAUAAAAUACCAAAUGGUAAUGUGUGGUGAUGAGCCUUUCUGAAUUACAAAUUUUCGAUUCAAAUGUUUAUUUUUCUUUCAAGUAAUUUCUAAUAAAUUAUAAGUAUCAAUGCCAAAUGUUUAUAAACUGUAUACAACUUGAUACUUGUGAUUAAAUUAAUUCAGUACAAUUUCUACGAUCGUGAUCAUAACAUAAUAUUUUUAUCAUGGAGUCAUGUUCAUUUGUACCUUAUAUACGUACUGAAAAUUUUCUAAAUGGUUAGGUUAUAUAUUAUAUCAGCUUCAGAACUACAUUAUGUUAAAUGACGCAGAAGUUUUUAAGCAGGAGGACCCGCGUUGUAAUGCAUGUCGUGUCAUAAUUAUAGCUCUACAAGUCAUGCAAUAAAGUACACUAAACAUAUAUAUUAUAUAUACUAAUAAAGAUUGUGAUUAUACCACG